AAUAACGAGAGAAGAGGGGACUUAGAAAGAGAGGGAGAGAAGAAGGUCGUGCUUCCGGGCCGAAGCUGAGGAGCGGUUUUCUUUGGAAAGCAAAGAGAGAGUAAGAGAUGGGGAAGAACGUGUGACCUCUAACGACGGGAGAAAAAGAAAGAGGCCGCUACUUCGCCUCAGCUGCUUAGGGUUUCUGCUAAGCUCCGGAGCCGAAGAUGUUAGGGGCUACAGCUACGCUUUUGUAGCACCGAACAUGGUUCUGAGUACUCAAGACAUUGUGUCUGGAGAGGUCCCUUCACUUGCCUUAGGUGGCGAGUGGAGUUGGGCUCUUGUGUAGCGUGUGUUUUCGGUUGCGUGAAGGCGUGCUUGGCCUCUGUCUGGAGCGGUGGAUGUGCCGAUGGCGUGGAAGGCUGCUGCUGGGUUCACUGGAUCAAAGAAAUGACAUUCGAUUAUACUCUCCUCGGUGACGAUAUCGUCAUCGGGGAUCAGAAGAGAAGAAAGCCACAUAUACUUGGUCUGAAGUUUUUACCAUUGUUUUCUCCUCACCUUUUUCGGGGGCUGGAUGCUUUAAUAAUAGCAUGUUGCAUGGAUGGCAUAGUUGAAGUUUAUAAUCUUCUUGUGUGAAACAAUAUGACACUAGAAGAUUUCUUUACUCUUACUGAGAUGAAGAAUGGCCUUUCAACUCUUGCAAGAGUUGAAGAGCUGAUUUCAGUGAUGGAAAGGCAGAAAGAUUGUGUUACGAAUAAUGCAGGCGAUACUGCAAGACAAUGGUCAACUGUUACAGGCACCUUAGCAGCCACAGAAAACAAGGACUGUCUUAAACAUUUUGUUGAGUUAAAUGGACUCUUCUUUCUCAAUCAUUGGCUUCAAGAAGCUUUGAAGUGUAGUAAUGAUGUCAGUAGCAGUACAAUGGAAGAGGUAAUAAAUUCAAUACUUGGAUCCCUUGAGAGGCUUCCACAUGACAAGGAAAAGUCAACUGCUUAUGGAAUUUGGGUCACUGUUGAACAAUUGCUAGGUCAAAAUAACCCUAGCAUAAAGGAAAGGGUGAAGAAUUUGCUCGAUAAAUGGAACAAUAGAAGGGUGGACGAUGUUAGUAACCAGGAUAUGGAGAAUGGCGGGACAUGCCAAGAUAACCAGCACAAGCCUUCAGCUGAUGCAAACACAGUUGAUGUUGUACACUCACUGCAGCCAGUUGACAUUUCUUCACACAAUGUAUUGCCUCAGGAGGGGAAUUGCACGGUAGGCUUUGCUGGGACUGAGUCUCGCCACCCAAAUUCUACAAAAUGCUCUGACAGUCCCCAAUUGGAUACAAUCAAUGAUGUAACAAUUUCUGCGCCAAAUCAGACCAUGCCAACUGAGUCUCCAAAUUCAGCAAAUGCAAAUGCAAAUGAAGAAGAGAUUAAUUCACUGGGCUCCUCCCAUGUGUCAAAUUCUUUUCAGGAAAACUUUGCUAUUACAGAAGAGUCUUCUGUCACAGUAGUGGAAAUGGCCUCUGCUCGCUUAUGCAGAUCUACUGGUGGGGGCGGAAAUGAUGCUGAUAAAGAUUCUGAAGCUUCAGAAUUAAAUGAUGUUGAUGGUGCAAAAGAGAUGGAGUUGGAGGUAGAGGUGAAUAUAACGGAAGGUGGCCUAUGCAAAGCUAGUCAAAAAGAAAGUUGUAAUGCUUCGUCAUCUUCUGGUGUAUCUGUGUCUGUACCUGCACAGAUGAAAUCCACUGUAUCAUGUGAUUUUGAUUCGCGGGAGAGCAAAAGUUGUAUGUCAAAGAAUUCAGAGCCUCAGCCAAUGAUUAAGGGUGCUGAUUGCGGGUUGCCAAAGUAUCUAAGUACCACAAAGGAGCUCAAUUGUGUUGCUCGUGUUGCCAAGGGUUCUCAAGAUUUGCCCAGCAGUGCAUGCAACCAAAGUAAAAUAGAUGGUCCUGAGAAUUCUAUCCAAAGAAAAGAAGAUGUGGGAAGUGAUAGCAGCAUUAAAGGGCAUUGCAGUGAGGGAAAGCUGAAGGUGAGCGAGGGAGUUAACCUUGGGAUCCUGAGUAGUUCUUCAAAAACAGUGAGCAUGAAGGUUACGGAUAAGAUGGACAGGUCGGAAAUGGAACUUGACUGCAGGGAGAUUGAUGCAUUGGAAGUCGCACGGCAAGUUGCUCUUGAAGUGGAACGUGAAGUUGUUGACUACAGAGAGCCAUUCUGUAGCUCUUCUCCUGAUAUUGAUUCAGGGGGGAGAGUGGAAACCUGUAGCCCUGAUUUGGCAGAAGGCAAACUGGAUCAGCCAGUGAUGGAAGAACUAAAUGGGAACAAGUCACCGACUGGGAAAGAUCUUUCUGAUAUUGCCUCUUCUCCCAAGGAUGAUAAUCCAAGAAUUCCAGUGCAAAGUGGAAUUGAUACUGAGAGACAUGAGCAAGUUUUCAAACCUGAGCUGACUUCAGUUGCUCGAGAAAAAGAACGUAAGCUUGACAAGAAUGUAUGGGACUUUGAUCUGAAUGAAGAUGUCUGCAAUGAGGAUGAUCACUCAACUAACUCCAUGCAUAACAAUCAAGUCAACCUGUCUGCGCCCAAAGCUAUUGUUGCUGCUUCAAAAGGAGCUCCAGAAUUUUCAAUUAGCCCACUUCGCUUUGAAGGUGAACUGGGUUGGAAGGGUUCUGCUGCCAGGAGUGCUUUUCGCCCAGCAUCUCCUCGAAAAACUCCAGAUGCUGAGAAGACAAAUUUGGGUCCACAAAACAAAACGAACUUCCUUGAAAUAGACUUGAAUGUGGCCGAGAGUGAGGAUAAUGUGGCUGAUGAACAAACAUCUGUAAGACAGAUACCUUGUUCCCUUGGCUUUCCUUCUGGGGAAUCUUCUAUGGAGGUUAGUUCAAGAAGAGCAGAGAGGCUGAAGCUGGAUCUUAAUCGCCUUGGAGAUGAGGAUACGUCACCGCAUCCAUCAUCAUUUUGGAAACUUCAUCGCCAGAACGGAGAUCAGUGCCUGUCCACUGCUUCAUCAUCCUCAAGGCAUCCUUCGAUGAGAGAUUUUGACUUAAAUGAUCACCCAUCUUUAUUUGACAUUGGCGGUUCUCAUAACCUGAAUAAGUCAUCUUCCAAGGCCUCAGGCAUGUCUGGAAGCUCCGAACUUGAUGAUCCUGUUGUUGCAAUUAUGGGAUCGAGGGUGGCUGUGGAAAAGAAGGAUUAUGGGAACCAAACUCGGCAGUCAUAUUUGGGGAAUGGACCAAGUUUAGAGCCUGCUGUCUCUGCCCGACAGGUGCAGCCUUAUGCUCACAUGUGGCCGCCUGCUUAUGUAUAUAAUGGGCAUGCCACCGGUCUUGCCAUGCCUUACCCUCCAGCACAAUAUGGACCUGGGAGCAUCCCGUACAUGGUAGAUUCAAGAGGGGCCCCUGUUGUGCCACAGAUACUAGGCUCGGCAGGACUGAGUGGUGCACGCACUGCCGUGCCCCCUUUUCUUAUGAGUGUGGCUAGUGCACCUGUGAGUGUGAACAGGAUUGGUUCUUUGCCAUCAGGUUUGGAUUUGAAUUCCGGCAUGACAUUUAUGGACAGCGGAAACAGGGAGCCAGGGGAUUUUAGGCAGGUUAUGCAUGGACACAAUGGUUUAAUGGAAGAGCAGACUUGGACUGCCUCACAGCUUGCAAGUUCCCAGACGACACUGAAGCGCAAGGAUCCAGACUCUGGAUGGGAUCCUCGAAGUUUGUGCUACAAACAAGUGACAUCUUGGCCGUAACAUUCUCUCAGGCUAACGGUUUUGUUUUGUGUUUUCUUUAUAAUUUUAUCUUUCAAGGUUUCUUCGUCGUGGGAGGGGUGCCUUGCGUGAUCGGAGAGUUGUUCACAAGAUUGGUUCGGUGAAAGAUGAAUCGACCGAUUGACAUGUGGGAGUGGCUUCAGAAAAGGUAAAUUGAAUAAUGUUGGUUAUACUUAGCUCAGGAAAUUUAAUUUCCGGAAAAAAAUGUUAGGUAUUUUUGUUUCAUAUUGGUUUUCUCUCUUUUUUUAAAAAAAAUUUUUAUUGCUUUGUGAAGGCAGUCUCAUCUAGUGGAAUCUGGGAUCAUGCAUCUGUACAUUCCUCAUAAUUAUUUUAACAUAUUGAAAGAAUUUAGGUUCUACCUGAAAGGCUUUAGUUCUGGUUAUCUGUGCCAGUAUAGUGAAAUAUUUGCUGUAUUUAUUUUAAUUAUAAAAAGCCAUGCGAGAGUCUCCCCGUCUCAUUG